AUGGAGACUGACAACACUUACAUAGAUAUCCCCCGUUUUAUUUAUGUUGUGCCACAAUUUGCUUAUCUUUCUGGCCUGAGCAUUCUCAGCACCAUUAGUAUUGAGCGUUGUGUGUCUGUCAUGUGGCCUAUCUGGUAUCGCUGCCAAUGUCCAAGAAACACAUCAGCUGUCACCUGUGCCUUGCUUUGGGCUCUGUCCCUAUUGUUGAGUCUCCUGAGAGGGAAUGCAUGUGGCUUACUGUAUAAGGGUUUUGACCUCUUUUGGUGCCUGACAUUUCAUGACAUCAUGGCUGCAUGGUCCAUUGUUUUAUUUGUGGUUCUCUGUGGGUUCAGCCUCAUCCUGUUUGUCAGGAUCUUUUGUGGAUCACACAGGAUUCCUGUGACCAGACUGUACGUGACCAUUGCACUCACAGUGCUGUUCUUCCUGUUCUUUGGUCUUCCCUUUGGCAUCUACUGGCUCAUCUCCGAAUGGGUUGAGCAUUUGUAUGAUGGUAAAAUCUGUGAUUUUUAUCAUGAAACCUUUUUCCUAUCCUGUGUUAACAGCUGUGCUAACCCCAUCAUUUACUUCCUCGUUGGCUCCAUCAGGCACCGCAGGUUCCAGCGCAGAACUCUCAAGCUGCUUCUGCAGAGAGCCAUGCAGGACACCCAGGAGGAGGAAGAAGGUGGAGAGAAGGGUUCUUCAAGAAAUCCUGAAGAUGUGGAAACAGUCUAA